UUCUAAUAUCUUGUCAGGAAUGAAACUCAUUCCAGUCAGAGAGAGGGUAAAUAAUAAAAUUAAUACUACUGAAAAAUAAUGGUACACUUUUUUAGGAACCUUUGUUAGCUAGGACAGUUCGGAAGGAGGGUAGGUUUCCUUGAGUGAGUCUGGAAAGAAUAGUUGACAGUGCCGUUGCUGUGGGGAUCAGAGAGGAGCUUUAUUGCUUAAGGAAGGAUGGCUACCAGACAAGCAGUACGGUUUGAUGCAGGCGAUGGAGCACUUUCAAUAGACAUGGAAAGUUUGGAAGAAGAUUUUGCAGUGUCUGUAUCUUCUGCUGCUGACACAGAAUUUGAUUUGGUUAUUGGACACAUAGAGGAUAUUAUUAUGGGUGACGAGUUCCAAGAGCUACAAAGGAAUUUUAUGGAUAGCUAUUAUAUGGAGUUUGAAGACACAGAAGAAAACAAACUGAGCUAUACUUCUAUUUUUAAAGAAUACAUUGAUCUACUGGAGAAAUACAUUGAGCAUCAACUACUGGAGAGAAUUCCUGGAUUUAAUAUGAAUUCUUUCACCAAAUCUUUGCAACAUCACAAAGAUGAAAUUGCUGGUGAUAUAUUUGAAAUGCUUCUCACAUUUACAGACUUUUUGGCCUUCAAAGAAAUGUUUCUUGACUAUAGAGCUGAAAAAGAAGGCAGAAGUUUGGACCUAAGCAGCGGGUUUGUAGUGACCUCAUUCUCUAAAUCGUCAUUACCAUCUUCAGCUUAAAAGUUUGUGUUUUGGUACCUCGUUUCCUCUGUUUUGAUGGCCUUUGUUUGCCUCAAGGCACUUUUUACAUUUCGAACAGAAACUCGUCAGUUUUCUCAUCCUGAGUCACAAUGCUGAAUAAGCCCUGUGUCUUCCAUUUGGAUAUAGGUGAACUGGUAUUAUGAGCAUUUUUUGGCUAAACUCAGGUACACACUUGCUGUGUUCAGUUGCUCAGUGAAGCUGUUUUUACAAAGGCGUUAAUGACCUAUAACCUUGUAACAGUUACUGUAUUCACAUAAUGAUAACAGAUGAUAAAAUUGCUUGGAUUGUAAAUUAUUUAAAAAAAUGUACUUUGGAAGUUCCAUAGUGUUAAUAUGUUUAUAUUGCCAUCCUAAGAACUGUAACAUACCACAGACCCUAAUGUUGUCACGUACCACAAAGUACUAAAGCAUGAUACCUAUCCUGCGAUGUGUAACAGCAUAGUUAUCAAGUCCGGGAUUGCUGGCUGUUAAUUGCAAAGCCAAAUGUUUACACUUGAAACACCCAGCAACUACAGCAGUGGUUAAUUGUGCUUCUCUGCAUCACGGGUUAGUCCAUUUUUUCAGAUGGUACACUGCAUGGAGGAAUAAAUAAACAAUGUUGAAAAUGUGGUCUUGUAAAUAUAGUCAGCAACUUCCGCAUCUCUGCUUCAUAAAGGCUCAGUGGUGAAAGAAGGUAAAUACAAAAUACUUUAUAGGUAUUGUAUCUCUUCAAUACUACAGUUUUUAUGUUUUGAUGCAGUAUUGUUUAUGUAAACACUCAUUAUAGUGGGCCACAAGCAUAGCUACAAAACUAGGGCUGAUAAUUUCUGUGUGCAGUAAUAUUCACUAUACACUGUAACAGGUUUUGGUACCACAGUUUUUUGUUCUAGCCUUUACAUUUCCUUUUUUUCCUGUUUUACAUGUAUGAACAUUAGCUAGAAAAUAGUGAUUUAUUUUGGCACUUCAGUUGGUAGACUGUUUAUCUCUUAUCACUUACACCUGCUUUAGAACCAAAUGAGUUGUAAAUGUGGGGUGGUGAUGUAGAACAUCCACCACAGAGAGAAAUCUAAUGGAAAUGGUCUUCUUAAGGCAGCAAGAAUAUUUUUUAAAGGCGAUACGCCUAUGUUUGUAAAGAAAAUGCACAUUUCAGCUGAAAGGGAUGUGUGAAAUUGACAUAUAACCAUAAUAUAUUUGCUAUUAUUGAUGGAAGUUUUAUCUUUGGUAUGUGGCAUUUAAUAUGUUAUCUUAAUUCUGUUGUCACCACAUAUUCUGUUUCGUACAUGCCUCAGUUCGUAGCCAAAGAUACAGUUUCAUUGCUUAUGAUGUAAAUUUUGCCUUCCUGUGGAAAAUAUCAGUCAGCCAGAUAAAAGCAGUUAAUUCCAGUCAAGUGAAAGUGUCCGAUAGCUUAGUCAUUAAAGAAUUUAUAUGUAUACUGACAAAUGUUUCUACUAAAGGAUACAUGGCAACUUUUUUCCGAUGGAGGAAAAAAAUCAGGAAUUUGUUUUGUUCACGUACCAUAAAUGUCAUGUACACUAGCAGAACACUGUGACAGCACUGUAACUGAACUGUACUUCCACAUGUGGAUAAACCACAGUGACUGUCCCAGUAUGUUUUUUUCUUUAUCAAUACAUAACAUAGAAUUGUGA